AUGAACUCCAUGCCAUCUUAUUCGUCAAUACAUGAUACAGAGAUUUCUUCCCCUCACAUCUUCCGGCAAGGCGCCUUUCCGAUUUUUCCCAGCCAGCUAACAGAGCCACGUGUGUAUCAAAUCGUACAUCCGGAUGGCGCAGUGGAGUGUACUUUUCACAGCACCACCGCUGAAAAUUAUUUUAGGAGUGACACGGACAUUAGCACACACCUCCUACGCAAAGUUAUUCCAAACCCCAGCUCUACAGAACCUCACAACCCAUGCUCUGAAUGGUGCUCUUAUAGCGCGGCUGAAGGACCACACUGUCGAGAAAUGUUCAGUCAGAUUUCAUAUUCCCCGCAUGCGUUUUGUCCACCACAAUCUGACAGCUUCUCUUCAUCUUCUGCAAAUUGCCAUAAGGUUUCUAGCCCCAGUUGUUCAAAAGAAGGGUAUGCAUCCGAUAAACCCUGGGGAGGCAAGCCUAUACCUUGUGUACCCAACUCAGUACACAUGAUCACACCAAACUCUCUUCCAUAUAGGGCUGAAGCUGCUGAAGCGUGUCAUUCACAAUAUUCGUACUACACCGAUUCACCGGGUGUGGGGCCGUCUACAUCGGAUUUCAAUGACUUACAAACAGAAACUCUCCGCUUUGGCCCGUUUUCUUCAUUAAACUUGUCUGCUGAAUCAUCUUACUUUGCAAACAGUGAGAAACGACCAAACAAUGAGGAGAGUAUUUCUUACUUGGCUGGAAUUAAGUCAACAGAUCUACCAAAAUAUACAACAAGACUUCCAGAACAAAGUAAAUCAGUACUUAUUAAGGAACAGCAGUGCCUUCAGAAAGAUGAAGGUCAAUGUCCAGUGUUGAUGGAGUGGCACGGGAAGGCCUUGCACACAGAACAACCAAAAAUAAAUUUUGGCAACAAUUUCGAUUUAAACCGCCACGAAGUGGAUUCUCAUAACGCGGAGGUGUCCACCACCUACUGGAGUGAAGCAGUCGCUAAGCAUGGAAGUAAAGUCACUUGCGCCCAGAACUCAGCUCAAGCCUACGACAAUCUGCGUCGUUCAUUUGGUUUUCUGUCCGCCUUCACUCAACUGUUAAUGCCUUCGUCUGAGCACCCAACUUCCAAGGUGAGUAGUAGAUGUGAAAGUCCCUCAUUUACAAUACCCAAUGACAAACGAACUGGUCCAAGUGAAUCAUGCAUUGAUUUGUUGUCACAAAACCUCAAUCGGUACUUGUGUGAUACACUCUUGACACGACAGUGUGAAACAGCAUUGAACGACUCCAUAACCCACACAAACAGAAGUCUAACACCAGACCAAGUAACAGCCACUGUGUACAGUGGUGCACAUGAAAUUGACGAACUGAGGGCAUUCGCCAACAAAUUCAAACAGCGUCGAAUGAAACUGGGUAUCACACAGGCUGAGGUUGGACGUGCAUUAGGCUGUCUCCAGAUAGGUGGUUUCGGGUGUUUGUCUCAGUCUACCAUUUGUCGGUUUGAAUCGCUCACCUUAUCACACAACAACAUGUUGGUUUUAAAGCCCAUCCUUGAGGAGUGGUUGGAUAUCGUGGAACGAGAACACGAGGAAAGACGACUGACCAGGACUAUCGGUCAAGACGAUAUCGUUGAGUCUGAGUACUACUCCGAGGAGAUGCGUUUCUACGGGACGGAUCGUAGACGUAGACGGACAUCAAUCACCGAUCCGGAGAAACAUUUGUUAGAAGCGUACUUCCUAACACAACCAAAGCCUUCGACUGAUGAACUUGCCCUUAUUGCAGACCGAAUCAAAUUGCGAAAGAAUGUUGUGCGUGUAUGGUUUUGCAAUCAGCGCCAAAAACAAAAAAGGUUGCAUACAAAACAGAUGAUGUGCGAUACGACUAAUCAGCGACACAUUAACCGGCAAUGA